AGAAGAAGGCUCUUAAAUUUAGUUAAAGGGUGUUGAAGUGAUUCUGAUACAGUGGUUUUAGUUUUUAAAACUUGCAAAGAGAGAGAGAGAGAGAAAAGAAAAGAAGAAAAAUGGAAGCAAGGAAGCAAAAGGGUACUUCUUCUUCUUCAUUUUCUUCUGAGCUUUUUGGUUCCAAAGAGUCUCAACCAUCACCUUCUUCUGGGAUUUUUGGCUCUAUAUUUUCUCCUCAGUCACCUAAGGUAUUAGGUAGAGAAUCUCUGCGUUCUGAGUUGAAUGGAAAAAUUGCUAAUGAAUCAUUGAAAAUUCGUAAUCAAGAUGGAAACUCGAAGGGAAAUAAAGAAAUGGAAAGUGAGAAUAAAGCGAAUGAGGAUAUGAGUUGGAUGUAUGAGGAUCAAAGGGUUCAACCAUGUCACCUUAGUUCAUCGAUCAUGUAUGGCGCUCAGGACAUAUAUUCGCAGCCUCAGAGUACACACAAUUCAGGAUACACCUCCUCGCUCAAGAACGAGGGGCUAGAAGAUGAUUCAGGAAGUGCUUCAAGAGGAAAUUGGUGGCAAGGGGGUCUGUAUUAUUGAGAAGUCACUCUUCCCAACAGAGAUUAUAUAUAUAUACUCCUCAAUCAAGGUAUACAUAGGAGGAUAUAACAUAGCAUUAUAGCCCAUCUUUUAUUAUAUGGAAGAAACUAUAUACAGUGUAGUCAGAACUCAGAAGAAUGUUGUUGUGUACAACUAGCUAAUUUAUGCGCUUUCAACCUUUAAUUUCCAUUUCUUUCUUUCUUUGUAUGUAAAGAUUAUUAUUAUCAUUAUGCUUGGUAAUCUUGUUAUGAUAUAUAGCUUUAUAUGUAACAUUAGCUACAAUUAUAUGUGGCUGAAACUUAUGUUAUUAUUUUGCCCUGCUUUGUAUUUCACCAAUGACGACUGGUUUUGGAACAAAAUAGGUGUUAUUACUCUCUUCAACA